CCACCGAGGGCCAUGGCGGCAGCGUCACCGGUGUGCGGCUCGCAGGCGUCCGCGGCCGGCGCCUCGUCGCCACCCGCGCCCGCACCGGCUCCAGCGGCCGGCCUGGGCCGCUGCCGCAUGGCGCUGCUGCUGGCCGUGGCCCUGGACGUGGCGGGCAUGGCGGCGCUGCUGACCGGAGUGUUCGCGCAGCUGCAGGUGCGCGGCCGUGACUUCGGGGACCUGCUCAUCUACUCCGGGGCGCUGCUGGUCUUCUUGAGCCUGCUGGGCUGGAUUCUCUGGUACACCGGCAACAUCGAGAUCUCGCGCCAGGAGCUGGAGCGCGACUACGGCCUGCGGCCCUCGGCGAUUGCCCGCCUGGCGCGCAAGCUGUCCCGCCGCUGGUCGGCGCCCGCCACCGCCAGUCCCCGGACCACAGCCGGUCUCCGCGCAGCGCGCAGGGCGGCCCGCGCGCCCCAGCCAUCCGCCUCCGGCUCCCGCCGCGUGCGUCUGCAGCUCGCCACGCUUGAGGCGGGGCCCGGGGCGGCGGGCACGGGCAGCGAGUGAGCCCCAGACAACCUCAUCCUCAGGACCUGAUUGAGACAUGCAGCUGCCCUGUACAUCACUCAGCCACCAUGCUACCCAUCUGUCACCUCACUUGGAUAAAUGUUUCCGUUUUGGAGCACGGCUUGCCUGUCUGGUUAAGGGCCUGAACUGGCAAAGGGGAGUGAUAUGCCAGGCCAAGACCUUUGAUCAGUACCUUUGAUCUUGGGGUCCCUGGGGAUACAGGAUCCCAAUUUCUUACUAGCCAUUCAAUAGUGGCACCUAAGAGGUGAGAAGAAGGCUCUUAAGUGCAUGCAGACCCACCCAUCCAGCCCAGGCUUCCCUAGGGUAGUUUAGGUCUUCCAAGAACAGACACAGGGGCACAUUAAACUUGCAAGACAUUUACUGCGGAGUUGGUCCUUAUAGAGAAGAUGGCAUUGAUGCAGGAUACCUGCAAGACUAGGAGGAGAGAAAGCUAAUUGGGCAGACUGAAUCUGCGUGCAGACAGCACACUUCCAAGAAAAGGCUUGGCAGUGGAGACUCUGGGCGCUCAAGUCCUUGCUGGAGGAUGCCCAUAUAUUUCUGGAGCCACUCAGGCAUUGUGCUGAGGGGCAAGAGAAGUUUGAGAGCUGGAGAUUAGUUGGUCCAUAGCACUUCCUAAAGCAGCAUGUCUUAGAACACUUUCCCAUGGCUAUGUGUGUCCCUAGUACCCCAAAUCCUCCUAUUGGAAGCUCACUUCAUUGUAGCCCCCCAGGCAAGCUCCCACCCCCAGAACUGCCUCCAGUUCCUUCCACGAUUCAGAUCCACACUAAGCUCACAAUCCCUAACCGUACCCAGUGCCCACAUUUAGUCCCCACCCCUUAAUCUCCCUCAAGGUAUACGUGCACACUGUGCAACACUCCCAUAAGGCCAUCUGCUCCCCACAGAUCUCAAAAAGACACACAUUUAUAUGCCAUAUCUGUAUUAAGGGGUCCUCCAGGGUUGCCCUAUUCUUCACCUCCCUCUGUUUCCUCCCCGGAAACGGCAACUUCUACUUCAGUGCCUCCUGGGGAGUGUGGCACCGUGUACACUUGGACAGGCGUGCCAAUCGUGGUUGACCUGCUGCCUGCUCCUCGGACCUUAGACAGUAGGGAGACUGUUCCUGACAGUCUAUUACAUUUCCCUUGUAGAAAGCCUGGUAGGUGCAGCAUGUCUCGGCGCCUGGCCCACCUAGUAGGAGAGCAUAUGUUCAGCCUGAAGCACCCACACCUUCUGUGGAGAACCAUGGCUGCUGGCCUCCCCAGCCACACUCACCAGAAGAGACAGAUACUGGUGAUCAGGAAGAGUAGGCUGCCACAGGUCCAGCCCAGUGCCCACAUAUGCUUCCUCCGCAUAUUUUCUAGAAAAGGGGAGGAAGAAGGUCCAGGGAUCCACCCUCUGAACCCUCACCCUCUGAAGCAUCCAGUCUGCGGUCAGGUCACUCACCAUCUGGCCGUUGAUGAUAGCACACACCAUCCCGGUAGCAGCAUCGAAGGCGUAGGCAGAGGUUGGGGUUCUCGAUUGCUGCCUGACCCCCACAAGUCUCUCGGUCCCACACAUCUCCCUCACAACCUAAGGGCCACCACAGUAGGUGCUAAGUAAAAGAACUGUCUCUUGAGGCUACAGGCACAAGAGCACCAAGGCCAGGCUGCGGGGCUGUGGUACUGUGUAUUUGGCAGUAUUCUUUAGAGGACCCAAGAGUCCAGACCCAGCCCUCCUCCCUCAGACCUAGAGAUUCAGCUUCCAUUCCUCCUCCCUCAAACCUGGACAUCCCAACCCCAGCCCUCUUCCUUCAGAGAGUCUAUUCCACAACCCUUCUUCAAAUUCAUGAGUCAAGGUUGCAGGCAGCUCUCCAGACCCAGACCCAGGGUUAUAGGCCUCACCGCUCAUUAAAAGCUCAAGCUCUCCUUUUAAAUAAAAGUUUUCAAGCUCUUCAUCUCCCUCA